GAAAUGAUGUGAGGUUCUGCUUCACCUAUCCUUUUAGCAAUUUCCACUCUUUUUCAUUCUCUUAUUUAAUUUACAAGCUAGAUUAGCAAAGACAGUGACACCCGUAGAUUUAAAUCUAAAACUUUAGUGGUUAAUUAUUACUUUAUAUGAGCCAGCCAAGUCAAUAGGCAAAAACUGAAUGGCAAGUCACCUUGAAGUUGGAUUAAAACAAAUUGUGCUUGGCCAGCCCGGCCGAGACCCAGAGGAUCAUGUAGAAAAUGUACUGAGCAAGAACAGAGGCGCCAUUUUAAAAAUAACGGUGGCCAGCAAGCGACAUAUGCGAAAUACAGCUCCGUCUUUGACGUCUGCAUGCAAAGAAAAACUCGGAUUCAUCUGCAGAAUUUCCCUACAUUCAAAGAUUGCAGUCCCACACUGGCAGAGAGGAGGACUGCACCAUGGAGCAGAGAUGGAUGAGAGAGAGGCGUGAAGCUUUGAGGAUUGUGCUGGUGGGGAAGACUGGAGUGGGAAAGAGCGCUACCGGAAACACCAUCCUGGGGAGGAAAGCGUUUAUAUCAGAGAUUUCCCCCUCCUCUGUGACGGCCCAGUGUGAGAAGGAAAGAGCAGAAGUGAAUGGGAGAGCCGUGUAUGUUGUUGAUACUCCAGGCCUGUUUGACACAACUUUCAGUGCAGAAGUGAUCAGAACAGAGAUUAAAAAGUGCAUCUGUCUAUCCUCUCCGGGUCCCCAUGCGUUCCUGGUUGUGAUCCAGCUGGGGAGAUUCACACAAGAGGAGCAGAGUACAGUGAAGAUGAUUAAGGAAAUCUUUGGUAGUGAAUCAGACAAGUGCACAAUGGUGCUGUUCACUUAUGGGGAGCAACUGAGGGGUAUAACCAUUGAAGAGUAUCUGAGUAAGAGUGCCCAACUUAAAGAGUUCACUGCUCAGUGCCGAGGGGGAUAUCACGUGUUUAAGAACGAGGACCCAGAGAGCCCAGGGAAUCAGUCUCAGGUCACACAGCUGCUGCAGAAGAUUGAUAGGAUGGUGGCGGUGAAUGGAGGAGGCUACUACACCACUGAGAUGUACCAGAAGACUGAAGCAGAGAUUGAGAAAAGGAAGGCACAGAUUCUGAAAGAGACAGAAAAGAAGAGAAAGAGAGAAGAGGAGGAGCUGGAGAAACGGAUUCAGGAUGCAGCAGAGUUGAAGUUAAAGACAGCUAGAGAAGAGCUUAGAAAAGAACAAGAAAGAGCAAAAGAGGCCGAAGAAAAGAGAAAGAGAGAAUGGGAGGAGAGGGAGAAACGGAUUCAGGACGCAGUAGAGUCAGAGAAAAAGAGAGCUAGAGAAGAGCUUAGAAAAGAACAAGAAAGGGCAAAAGCGGCCGAAGAAAAGAGAAAGAGAGAAUGGGAGGAGAGGGAGAAACAGAUUCAGGAUGCAGCAGAGUUGAAGAUAAAGACAGAUAGAGAAGAGCUAAAAAAAAAGCAGGAGGACGAUGCUAGACGGAAAGCUGAGAAAGAUAAUGCAUUUAUUGAAGGAUGCAAGGGUGCAGGUGCUGCAGUAGGUGGUGCAGCAGUAGGUGCUGCAGUAGGCAGCGUGGCAGGGCCAGCAGGGGUAGUAGUGGGAGCAGGUGUGGGAGCAGUACUGGGAGUAGUAGCGGGAGCAUGCGCCACACAGUAGAUUCAGGCAGUACAUGCAGAUGCGCCACACAGUAGAUUCAGGCAGACGCACCAUACAAUAGAUUCAGGCAGUACAUGCAGAUGCACCAUACAAUAGAUUCAGGCAGUACAUGCAGAUGCACCAUACAAUAGAUUCAGGCAGUACAUGCAGAUGCACCAUACAAUAGAUUCAGGCAGUACAUGCAGAUGCGCCACACAGUAGAUUCAGGCAGACGCACCAUACAAUAGAUUCAGGCAGUACAUGCAGAUGCACCAUACAAUAGAUUCAGGCAGUACAUGCAGAUGCACCAUACAAUAGAUUCAGGCAGUACAUGCAGAUGCGCCACACAGUAGAUUCAGGCAGACGCACCAUACAAUAGAUUCAGGCAGUACAUGCAGAUGCACCAUACAAUAGAUUCAGGCAGUACAUGCAGAUGCGCCAUACAAUAGAUUCAGGCAGUACAUGCAGAUGCACCAUACAAUAGAUUCAGGCAGUACAUGCAGAUGCACCAUACAAUAGAUUCAGGCAGUACAUGCAGAUGCACCAUACAAUAGAUUCAGGCAGUACAUGCAGAUGCGCCACACAGUAGAUUCAGGCAGUACAUGCAGAUGCGCCACACAGUAGAGUCAGGCAGACGCACCAUACAAUAGAUUCAGGCAGAUGUACCAUACAGUGAUGGAACAGCAACACUGAAAUCCCCUUUCUUUAUAAUAUGCAUUAUCAUGGUGUAGAAGGCGGUAGAAAGUGAAACCGUGGAAAAGUAUGAUUGUACCCAUAAGGUUUGCUAGAAAUAUAUAUAAAGUAUACCUGCUUGAUACUAGCUUGCUCUAAACCAAAUAAAAAUGUGCAAAUGCAGCAAUGAUAGAUAAACUUGUAUGAAAAGGAUAUUUACUCAGAUUUUUAAAGUGUGAUUUCACUUGAAUGUAACCUUACUUAAUGUAACUUUACUUAAAUGUAACCUUACUUAAUGUAACUUUACUUAAAUGUAACCUUGCUUAAUGUAACCUUACUUAAUGUAACUUUACUUAAAUGUAACCUAGCUUAAUAUAACCUUACUUAAUGUAACCUUACUUAGAAUAGUAGUGUGUUUUAGCAGUAGAUUAAAAACUGUAUUUUUUCUUACUUAAACUUUAAAGAACAAUUCUUUAAACUUAAAAUGUAUUUUUCCUUGAAACUAAUAGAAUGUUUAAUCAAAAAAUGUAUAUGUUUUAAUUAAGCUUAUAUAGUAUGUUAUGUUUAAUGGAAUAUGCUUAGAACAAGUAUAAAGGAAAAAACUUGAAGUUCAUGUGCAGGUGUGAGUUCAGAGCAAGGUCACCAGAAAGGGGAAAUAGAGAAACAAAGGACUGGGUUGUGUCAAAGCACGAUAGGUCUAGACUUGGGCGUGAAAGUAGUAUAAAAGAUCUCCUUUGCUGGGGCUUUGGGCUCUUCUCCUUUUUCUUUUGGACUCUGAAUUUUGCAUUUUGAGACUGAUAGAAAGAGAUUUGAUUUUAAGUCCACAAGAAAAAGUUGGGUUGUUUUUUAUGCACAAAUAAAAAGUAAAGCCAAACAGUAUAAAAAUCCAAAAUAUAAAAGUGCCCCAAAUAAAGGUAAUA